AAGUAUUUACGUUUUGAAACUUAAAUUGAAGUUAAAUUUACCCAAUUCUUUUUAAGCGUUUGUUGCGUUCUGCGAACAAUCAGAACUGCUAAUUUGGUGAUCGCGGAUCUUACUUUGUUGCGUCUCGAACGCAUUUGACGUGAUUAAAUUUUUGUUAUUAGUUGGGAAGUCAGUCGCAAAGUCUUGUGUUUGGGCUGUUUGUGCUACUCUCCACUAAAUUCGUUUCAGCACUGGCACAACCUGCUAGGGAAAAAUGGAAUGGCGUAAGGACGAAUGGUGGAAUGGCGAUCUUGCUAAAGACAUUCAUGACACUUUGAAAUUGAAGGAAAAUUUGAUAUGUGGACUUCAGGGUAAUUCUCCACUGAUGUAUCUGAGAAGAUAUUUGGUUGAUUGGUUGGCUCUCACGUGUCAGAAGUUUCGACUGAAUGGAAAUGCGCAGCAUCUGGCAGUGACCUUGUACGAUCGCUUUACUGACCUCUACACAGUUUCUGUUGAUGAUUUAAAAGUUCUUGUUGUUUGCUGUCUCUUAAUUGCUAGCAAAUUUGAAGAAAGAGAAGAAAAAAUACCUAAGUUUAAACUUUUGAUGGAAGGCUUACAAUGGCAAUUGAAGGCUUCUGAUUAUUUGCAUAUGGAAUUAAGAAUACUUUCAGCAUUUGGUUGGAAUAUAGGAUUCUCCACUGCAUCUCAUUAUAAAGAUUUCUAUAUGCAGGUUGCAUUGGGAUCGCAUGAUUUACAUGUUGGACGACCAUUAGUAAAUCGUGAAGAAGCCUACAUUUACAUGGAGAAGAAUGUCAACUAUUUUCUUGAAGUUUCCUUACAAGAUCCUGCAUUUCUCGUGUUCAAGCCAUCACUAAUCACUGCUGCUUGUCUUGCAUCAGCAAGAAUUUGUCUUCAUAUAUCACCAACAUGGACUUCGGAAAUGAGGAGACAGAGCAAUUUUACAUGGUCGCAUCUUGUUCCAUGCAUUGAAAUACUAUUAAGAUUGCAUGAUGAAGAUCGUAAAGCAACUCAGGAAAGUGCGAAAGCAAGUUCAGCUGUGCAACAUCAAAUGGCUUUAAACAGCACUGGGAACACUCCAAUCGCGUCCCCAGUUCCUCCACAGAUGACUGAAGACUCGGCAUCACUUCAGCAAUACCAGGCACAAUAUGGCUGCAUGGUUGCACCGGUGGCUCCUGCCGCACAUUCAUCUCUUGCUCCCAUUUACAGGUACAAUAGAGGUUAUUCUAUGAAACGUACUUAGUAUUUGAUCUAUAAAUUUUCAGAAAAACCUUGUAAUUCAAUUUUGGCUGGGAGAAGUUGCAGAUGAAUGUUCAUCUACCACUGUGUUUAAUUCUGUAUUGCUAUUCCACUGUUUUCAGUUCAUAUAUAUUUUUGUUUGUUUAUUUUAUUUUGUGAAUAUUCUUUUGGGGUUGAGUGCAAAUUUUUUUUCAUUUGGGAAAACGGUUGAAAAUUCACUAAAUAUUGAAGCAUCAAGUUGCGUUUGUUAUACUGCUAUAAACCCUAAAAAUCAAUCUAUUUAUGUAUAUUCUGAAAUAUGUGCAAUGUGCAUUAAUCUAAUUAGUUCUUCUUUCAUUUCUCUUCAAAGUGUAUGGAUUUCUUUUAUUUUUGGUCAUAUUGCCAUUUUUUGUUUAUAUCUAAUCAACACAGGUCAAAAGGUGCAAAAGAUUUAUAUGUUGUAAAUGUACUGAACUUAUUUUGUUUUGAAAUAUCAACUCCUUUUUUGACAAAUUAUUCUGGCAGUUGCCUUAGUUACUUCUUAUUAAAUACAUCAGUAUCAAUAAACUACUCCAAUAUGGUAGGCAAUAGGCAUUGCUAUAUUGUUUCUUCGAUGGGAUUAAUAUUUUUCUAAUUAAGCUAUUCCUCUGUCACCACUUACUAAUAUCCUUAUGAUAAUAUUGUUCUUCCUUCUUAACUUCACAAUAGUAUUUUAUAGAGUAUCAUAUUUUCCACUGUGAUCAUAGUUUGAACUGUAGUAACCUAGUACAACUCUGUUCUUUUUUUAACUCAUUUUUUUCCAAUCGUUCUUGGUUUCUCUGGGACAAAUUGCAAUUUGAAUUGAGCAGAAAAAAAUUGAACCACAGCCAAGUAGAACGCCACACUGGUCACCUUAGUUAAAGUGGCAUAAACAAUGCAGUCUAUCCAAAUUAAUAUUGAAUUUGAGUUUUUGCUAUUAGGUACCCAAUCUCAUAACUUAUUUUUAUUUACAUUCCUCUAGUUGAAUCUUUUGCCUAGUUGGCAUUACCCUUAACGCCUCUUUUGUUUUGUUUUUUAAAUGAAUGUGCCAUUCUAGAUCUUCUUGCCGUGAAACCUAGAUAACAAAUGAAAUGUUUUGACUGUAUAUACUUAUUUUAUAUUCACUUGUGGAGUUUAUUUAUCGGUAAGUUUUGUUUUUCUUUCUGCAAUAAAACAUUUGCCACAGUAGAAA